UCAGGGAGCGCUUUCGUCCUUUUGACGUGGAAGCGCUCAUUCCCAUUCUGGCCGUGGCGGCUCCGAGCCCGGCUCCAGCAUGAGACGAGCAGAGAGCGAAGGAGGCGACGGCGGCGAGGCACUUUCUUAGCAACUGCCCGCUCCUUCCUCUCCCGUAGCAACCAGAGCCGAAGGGACUUUCCUCGCCUUCUCCAGCAACGAUUCCCGACUUCUCCGGCUGCCUCCUAUUCGCUAGCAUUCGUUUACUCUCUCUUUCUCCCACCCCACCUUCCCGGGAAAGUAUCCCUUUCGCUCUGCCGGGGCCAUGGAAAAGAGAUGCCGGGCAGGGCAGGGCGUGAUCGGGGCUCUCCUCUGCGCCUGGACGAUGGUCCAGCUGGCCAAGGCAGAGCGGCAGUUUGUCAAUGAAUGGGCUGCCGAGAUCCCGGGAGGUCUAGAAGCCGCGCGGCUCAUAGCAGACGAACUGGACUACGAACUUCUGGGACAGAUUGGGGUACUGGAAAAUCAUUAUCUACUUAGACAUAAGAACCACCCUAGAAGAUCUCGACGAAGUGCUUCUCAUAUCACUAGACAACUGACAGAUGAUGAUCGUGUGACUUGGGCAGAACAACAGUAUGAAAAAAAGCGAACUAAGCGUUUUGAAUUUGGAGACUCAGCAGAAAAUCUAUUCAAUGACCCAAUGUGGAGCCAACAAUGGUACCUGCAAGAUACAAGAAUCAACCGAUCUUUGCGCAAAUUGGAUCUCCACGUCCUUCCAGUGUGGCAAAAGGGCAUCACAGGGAAAGGAGUUGUCAUAACAGUGCUUGAUGAUGGGUUGGAAUGGAAUCACACAGACAUUUACUUUAACUAUGAUCCUGAUGCAAGUUAUGAUUUCAAUGACAAUGAUCACGAUCCAUUUCCCAGAUAUGAUCCUACAAAUGAAAAUAAACAUGGAACACGAUGUGCAGGAGAGAUUGCCAUGCAAGCAAACAAUCUAAAAUGUGGAGUUGGAGUGGCAUACAAUUCCAAAGUUGGAGGGAUCAGAAUGCUGGAUGGCAUAGUCACAGAUGCCAUUGAAGCUAGUUCAAUUGGGUUCAAUCCUGAUCAUGUGGAUAUUUAUAGUGCCAGUUGGGGUCCAAACGAUGAUGGGAAAACUGUUGAGGGACCUGGCAGACUUGCCCAAAAGGCUUUCGAAUAUGGAAUUAAAAAGGGAAGAAAAGGGAAAGGUUCCCUUUUCGUCUGGGCUUCAGGGAACGGUGGCCGCCAAGGAGAUAAUUGUGACUGUGAUGGUUACACAGACAGCAUCUACACAAUCUCCAUCAGCAGUGCUUCGCAGCAAGGCCAUUCUCCUUGGUAUGCAGAGAAGUGUUCCUCAACACUGGCCACAGCAUACAGCAGUGGGGACUAUUCGGACCAGAAAAUUAUAAGUGCGGAUCUACACAAUGAAUGCACAGCCACUCACACAGGGACCUCUGCAUCUGCUCCUUUAGCCGCAGGGAUUUUUGCUCUAGCCUUAGAAGCAAAUCCUAAUCUAACCUGGAGGGAUAUGCAACAUUUAAUAGUCUGGACAUCUGAAUUCGAUCCACUGGCCAAUAAUCCAGGAUGGAAGAAGAACGGAGCUGGACUGAUGGUGAACAGCCGAUUUGGAUUUGGAUUACUCAAUGCUAAGGCACUGGUAGAUUUGGCUGAUCCCAAAAGCUGGAAAGGAGUGCCAGAGAAGAAAGAAUGCAUAGUUAAGGACAGUGACUUUCAGCCGAGGUUAUUAAAAUCUAGUGGUGAAGUUACCAUUGAAAUUCCUACCACAGCUUGUGAAGGCCAAGAAAAUGCCAUUAAGUCCUUGGAACAUGUACAGUUUGAAGCAACAAUUGAAUAUUCCCGCAGGGGUGACCUUCACGUGACCCUGACUUCCCCAUCAGGGACAAAAACUGUCUUACUGGCUGAACGGCAAAGAGAUAAAUCACCCUAUGGUUUUAAGGACUGGGAUUUUAUGUCAGUUCACACCUGGGGUGAGGAUCCAACAGGAACAUGGAUUUUAAAAAUAAUUGAUACGACUAAAAGAAUACAAAAUGAAGGCAGGAUUGUGAACUGGAAAUUGAUUCUGCAUGGCACUUCUACACGACCUGAACAUAUGAAGCAACCUCGCAUCUAUACAUCAUAUAACACUGUCCAAAAUGACAGGAGAGGGGUGGAAAAGAUGAUAGAUUCUGUGGAGGACCAUACCACCCAAGAAAACCUGAGUGACAAACACAAAGUGAGAGGAAGCAAACAGCAGAACCAAGAUGUGGUUCCUUCUGAUGCAAUGCUCCGUCUACUCCAAAAUGCAUUCCAUAGUCAGCUGGUUGGGAAUCAUUUACCAAAGAAGAUGCUAAAUGAAAACACAGAUAUUCCAUAUGAACAUUUCUAUCAAGCUCUCGAGAAACUAAACCAAGGCCCCCAGCUGAGAGACUCAGAGGAGUCUCUAUAUAGUGACUAUGUUGACCUUUUUUACAAUUCAAAAUCAUAUAAACACAGGGAUGACAGACUACUUCAAGCUUUGAUUGAUAUUCUAAAUGAGGAAAAUUAAAAAACAAAGUCCUUGGCAGAAACACUAGGUUGGAAAUAUUCACAUCUGCAAUGCACUUCAAAUUUCAGACUAAUUGUCAUCUUUCCAUGAAUACAAUUGGUAUUAUACUAUAUUUAACAAUUGCGUAAAGAAUGAGAAAAACAAAAAGUUUGUUAGAUAUGAAAUGACAACCUAUGUAUACAAAGCAACCAAAAUCCUUUCAGAUAGGCAGCCUCCUUCAGAAACGAGUAAAACCAAUAUCUCUAGGAAAUACCAUAAAUUCACUGCAACAGCUGUGUUUAUUAUCCCUCUGUACAAACUACAAAUAUUUUAGAUUUUAUUUCCAAUGGCCUAUUUCAAAAUGUAACAUUAUUUGGAAAUACUAGGAGACUUGUCUGCCUUUCUAUUAUGGUCCCUGGGCACAAAAAACAUAGUGCUAGAAAGCCACAUCCAUGCUUUAGGUAUAUAAUACACUUAAAAAGUAGCUCAAAUGAGAUUGAAAGGGGCCCAAGCUAAAUGUGCAAUCAAUAGUAUUUCAAGCAGAAAAUAUGUCUUCCCAAUGAUUUAGUGAGCACUAUCCUGUACAUCGGCUUUGAAACGGAGAUGAGCAUCGCCCCCUAGAGUCGGCAACGACUAGCACGUAUGUGCGAGGGGAACCUUUACCUUUACCUUUAUCCUGUACAUGCUUAUUACUUAAUAAAUCCCAUUGAUUUCAGUGGGUCUUACUCUCAGAUAAAUAUGCAUAGGAUUAUAAUUCUAUUGAAUUCAUGGGGAAGACUUGCAGAAGAAACAAGAUAGUACCCUGCCAAUUUCUUUCAGCCCAAAAAUUGAAAAGUAUUUACUGUUUAGAUCCAGUUUUUAGUUCAUUUUCCCUCACAGCUUCCUUUAAAAAACAAACAAACCCUUUCCUCCUUUGUUUGAUAAACAAACAUGGCACCUCUUCAUUCUGUUCAUUUCAUCAAGCGAGCUCCUUAUUACGUCAGACAAGCCAGGCACAGACUUUGGAAAAAUCAAAGUUUCUGUCCUGUUUAUUUCAGAGGAGAGUUUGUUCUUGUUUAUCUCACAAGAAGAGUUUGCUAGCAAAAGCAGUUUGUGGUAAUUGGAGUUGAGUCCUAAUGGGAAAGCAUUAGAUUUUCUUCUUCACUUGUAUGAAUAUCAGCCUUAGCUAGGCUCUUAGGUUCAUGCAGUUCAAGAGAUAGUAUUCUCAGAAGAGAGAUAUAUUUUUUUAAAAAAAGAAAGAAUUCUAAAUAUAAAUGUCAAAACACUGAAUAGCAUUAUAAUUGGUAUUCUAUUUUUUUCACCCAUUGAUGUCACUUUUCCCAGCAUCCAGUUGAGAGACUGAUAUCUGUUCAAAACUGAUAUGAUAAGCCAAUAACUAAAGACCAGAGAGGGUUUUCAAAGUAAUAAAAUAUUCCUUUUUUUAAAAAAAAAUGCUUUGGCUGUUACAUAAGACAUGGCAGCAUUUAUAGAGAAUAAGGAUUAGAGUGAAGCCUGUCAGAGACUGAAAUAGAUAAAAAAUAUGAAAAAGAAAUCAUGAAGAAAAAAAUAGGCAUAAAAAGGCUGCAAGAUCAGAAAGGAAAAAAAAAGGGGUGGGUGGGUGGAAAGCAUUAUAGGCUGAAAGCUAUGCCUGAAAAAUUACUUUCUCAUUUAGCCAAAGAUAUGAGAAAAGUCAACAAUAAGAUUCAAAACAACAUAUAAAUGAUACAUAUAAAUCCCCAAAGUGCAUGUUUUAGUACUUGUAGUCAGUUAUUAAAAUCAAAACAAUCAUAUUACCAAAAUGCUUUACUUUUGCCUCAGAGUUCCAUUUAAGGCCAAAAAUAUUAGACUAAGAACACAGGUUGCCACCAUGCCUUAGAUUAAUCAAGCCGACUUGAAUUUUAGCAAGUUGUUCUUAUUGGUUCUGAUGCUCCAAAAAUGGGCUGGGGGGUUCAUGCAGUCCAUAGUUUGCCAAUACAUGGCUUAAGCCAGAGGUCUUCAAACUUGGCAGCUUUAAGACUUGUGGACUUCAACUCCUAGAAUUCUGGGAGUUGAAGUCCACAAGUCUUAAAGCUGCCAAGUUUGAAGUCCUCUGUCUUAAGAUCUCAGAGCAAAAGAUUAUCUCAUUUGGGAAAAGCUUAUUUUCCAUUUAUUUUACUAGACAUGUGCUUUCAACUACAAAAAUGGAGCAACAGAGGCAUCAUCAUCUCCAUUAGUUGCAUAGAAAGACAUAGGUAUCCAUUCUGAUCAUGAUCAGCAUGGUAAGAGAGCAGCCCAGACCAGCAUGAAAUCAGACACACUUCUUACCUGCUGCUAGUGAUUCCUUGCAGGGAGGGCAAAAAUCUUGGUGGCUUUUUUUAAAAACACUUCAAUAUUUUGGGAAGAGGUUUUUAUGAAUUUUAUAAAUUCUAUUAAAGGAACAGAAUUAUAAUAAGAAUUAUAAUUAUCCCUUUCCCCCUUAAUUUAAACACGGCAUUAUUUUUACACUGAAUACAUUUCAUUAGUAUUUUUCACCAGGAUUCUGUAUUUAUAAUAAGAGCAGCAGAAAGUUCAGAGAGAAUCAUCUAAAUAGAAAGCACAAAUAGAAUUCAAGAUGUUUCUCAUACAAGGCUAUCAGAAGGAAGAGGAUGUGAUUUUAUUCUCCACAACGACAAAGGGUAGGACAAGAAGCAAUGGAUGGAAGUUUUUUAGAGAAAGAUACUUAAAAUUAGGAGGAAUGUCCUGGCUGUGAGAAUAGUUAACUUGCCUCUGAUCCUGGAACUCUUCAAACAAAGUCAAACAAUCAUUUGUCUGGUGUAAUCUAAGAUUUCUUCCCAUAAGCAGAGGUUGGACUAUAAGACUUGCAAGGUACCUUCCAGCCUAUGAUUCUAUGAGAAGGACACAACAAAUUAUAGUCAAAUAAUUAAAUAGUCAAAAAGGAAAGAUAUAUUGCACAUAUCACUUUGGCUGGAUUCAUACAUAUGUCUUAUGUUUGGUUUUAUGCUAUGUGGUUCCAAACAUUGUUAAAAUACUCCAUAGCUUAAUGCAAUGUGUGGAUCCAGUCAGGAUUUGAAUUCUCAUUUGUAACUUAACCUGUGAAGUUUACAAAUUUCUGUCCAGAGGGAACAGCAGUAGCAUUAUUACAGUGUAAAUUGCCAUUCAAUAACUGUGGUUGUUAGUAUAGUAUAUUAUUGUCAUGCUCCUUUAUAGACAUGAAUUAUACUUUCUUUUUUGUUUACAGUCAAUAUCCAUACUGUAGCCAAAAUUAAAUGAAAUCUAAAUUAAUCUUGUGCAAAUUCUAAUAAUGUGAAUGUUUCCAACCUAGACUGAAUCCUAAGAAUGCUAAGUUAUUUUGGUUAAGUCUUUUCUUGGUGCCGGUAUGUGUUUGUGAAAAUGUAAAAUGUAAAAUGAAAGACAAAAAUGUUUUAUGUCAAAGAAAAUGAACGUUAUAUUUUCUUUACAGGUAUUUAUAAAGUAUUAAAGCUUUUAUCAGAUAUAAUUUAAGAAUAAAUUAUGAGAAACUUUAAAAAUAAAUAACAAUUUUUUAUUUGAGCAAAACUGUUUUGUCCAAUAAAGAUUUUUGGAUGGCGUGUUGUAUUACAACAGCCACAUGUAUGUGAUGUAAUGUUAAAAUUUACAUUUGUCUAAUCGUACAUUAUACAUAAUACAA